AUGGCCACCUCCGUCCCCACCUUCAAGGGUCUUGAGAGCCCAGAAGCACUUGCACGUCUCAACGCUACUAUCAUGGGUGAGCGUAAUCCGCGUGGUAUACCUUCUGCUGUUUUUAUCGAUUCCGUCGACUCAUUCAUGGCUACAUGCGGUGUAAACAACAUUGAGCCUCUUGUGGGUGCAUUGCAGCAAAUGUAUAGUAAAUACAAGUUCAUGGAGACAAGUCUGCAGAAGAAUCGUGAGACAUUCAAGCGCAAGAUUCCGGACACGCAGAAAGAUUUAGACGUGGUGCAGCACUUGAUUGCGAAGCGAGAAGAAGGUGAGGUACUCAAGACUAAAUUCAACUUGGCCGACAAUGUGUAUGCCAAGGCGGCAGUAGACUGCUCCAUAGGCAAGGUCUGUAUUUGGCUGGGUGCUCAGGUUAUGGUUGAGUACCCAUACGAAGAGGCACAGAAGCUGCUGGAGAAAAAUGUAGCGUUAGCUACCGAAAAAUUGGCCCAGAUUGAGGAGGAUCUGUCAUUUCUACGUGACUCGAUCAUUACGACGGAAGUUAACAUUGCACGCAUAUUCAACCACGACGUCCGUCGUCGCCGCCAGGAGAAGGACAACAAGCUAGUCGCUGAGCUCGAGGCCAAGUGA